AUGAUGGCCUCGCGGCCAUUUCAUCAAUCUCUGAAUUCUCAAAAUCUAGCCGCUCCCGAUCCAUCUCUGCUGUACGAGUCUCCCUCGAAUCUUCGUCACAAGUCUCGCCAGUCUGCAGAAUCAUGUGGAGAUGAAGACGAGCAGCUUCCCUCAGAGGCAUCAGCAGCACCGUCUCGGGGUCGAUGUCAGCAGGGUCCCCCGGUGCCGCGAGGCGGCGAUGGCUUAUCCGGAGAGCGUUCCACCAGGUCCCUUUCAGCAGACCGAAACCCUGACAGGGCGCCCAGCAUGGCCAAGAAUAAUCGGGAAAUGCUUGGGAAGGACAGGCCAAAACAGCGCUUUCUGAAUAUUUUCGACGACGAAUGGAGUACCGAAACGAGCUCCGUGGACCUCCAGAGUGAGAGGGUAGCCCCAGCUUCCUCCGGCUUCGGUAGUGCGGCAGAGGUGGUUCCGCGGGACACCAGGCCCCGUCAAACAUAUCGAAAAGGUAGCUACGACUCACUCAACCCUGGUUGCAUCCAACGUACCAGGAACGGCAGUACUGCGAAAGCGGGGCAACGAAGAGCACCUGUAUAUUAUUCUGAAAGCGCGGCAACGAGUGAUGUGCGGGGCACCUGGGCAGCCCGCGGAAGAAAGCGGUUCCCGCACUUACUGCACUCUCCAUCUCAAGACAUGGAUGAAGAGAGCACCGGCAGCGAUGAAGAGGAUGACCGUCUCCACUGGAAAGGGUGGCGCAAGUUGCUUGCAGAGCGCCAAAGAGACCUUGAGCGUCAUAUGGAGCAGCAGCGGGAGCUCACGAAGCAAAAUGAUGCGAGAGAGGUGGAAGCGGAACAGAUGCCAACUCGCACCCGAAAACCAAUUAAGGAGGGUGUUGGCUCCAGUCAUAUAAUGGAGACGGAGGAAGACGGCGAUGAGGACCCACUCGGCAUAAAAACGCGACAGGCAUUCCCGACACGGGGACGUUCUGCCCUGCCUGCCGGAGCGCGCCCGCAACCCGACUCUGACCACGGUCCAGUGCAUCCUUUCAUGGGCACAAUGAGGAUGCCACCAUCCGUUGGACAGUCUGCUCCUGGACCUCCCAACACUCCAGGAGCUACACCCUUCUACGGGCCACCAUUCGUUCCCCCUGCCCCCUUCUACCCUGGAUGGCCCCCUCCCUAUUAUGCGGCAGCAGUCGCGGCGGCCGCCGCGGCAAGGAAAGUGGGAGAGAAGGCGGGAAUUACAGGACAAGAGAUGAUUCAGGAACUGAAAAAGACUCUGGAGGAGACACGAGACGUCAUGAAAAAGAAAGAAGAGGAGGCGAAAAAAGCCUUAGAAGAAGAGGAGAAACGACACAGCGCGGAGAAGGAAGAGCUGGAGAAACAGCUCGCCGAGCUGCGGGAAUCGAGUGAGCAGCGAGCGCGAGAGCUUGUCGGGGCGGAGCUGAAGCAGGGUGAGCUCGAAAAGCAGAUCAAGAUGCUUCGUGAAGAGUUCGACAUUUUGACGCGCGUUCACAAUGAGCUAAAGGAGCAAUUCGGUCAGGAGAAGGAAGGUCUCAUUAACGAGAACAAUAAUCUGACGACAAAGGUACAAGACUUGGAGAACGACCUAAGUUUUUCAAAAGAUCAACUUCUUGUUGCGCGUGAGAGUCUCAUCGCGGCAAGGGCCAAGCAACAAACUGCGACAGAGGCCCACGAGCAGGAUUUGAAGACCCUUCAGGAAUAUCGACGCGAAAACGAAACUCUGAAAGAGGAUAUUAGAUACUUGAAGACGCUGAACACGUCUCUCAAUGAAAAGGUGCAGCGUCUUUUGAAUGGCAAAGCGGAACGAGGAAACGACGGAGAAGUUUCGACGGCCACUCGACUUCAGAAACAAUGCGGGUUUCCACCACAUGUGGAUGCAAAGAGAUUAACCCGGCCGUGUCCCCGGGGUCUCUUCCCUCCAGAUGCAAAUGCGCUUCAACAACUCUUUAGUCCUCAAGUCCAACAGCGACUGCUCAAAGAUCGUCAGAAGGAGAGCCUUGCCGCAGGAGACGGUCUUGGUGUUAAGGAGGCAACUUUCAGUCUCCCUGGCACGGCCCAGGGGGCAACGCCGACGAGCUCAGCAGCGCCGGAGGACGGUCACUGUAUUCCAGACUCCUCAUCGAUGCUCUCCCAAAGCCCACGGACACCCUUUCCCCCAAGUGAAAACAGAGGGGCUCCGCGAGCGCACAAGUUGUCGUCCGUCGAGAUGCGUUUCCUUGCUCACCUGCAUCAGCGCGGGCAAGUGGGUGGUCAGUCCGUAGACCACGACUUCAGUAGGGCAAGACUGGCACCAUUGCCUCAGGCAGAUAUGCUUAUGCGGAAUCUGCCGAUGGAGGCAGAUGGACCACAGCAUGUCGGGGCAUUUGGUCGAGGAGGCGCGAGUCGGGCUCGUUGUCCUCGGCUUCCUUCAGUCAACAGCCCAGGCAGGGGUGGAGAUUGCCUGUCUGCUUACCAGGGAAACGCGCAGUAUUCUUCCGGUGCUCGGCCUCCACUGUUCCCUUCUUUGCCGUUCGCUGACAAGGUACCGACUGAUGGCUCGGUCAUGAGCGACGGUCACCGGCAAAUCUUGAAAGAUCCCUUUUCCCAUAUGAGCCCACUGUCGUCGAACCCUGGCGUAUCUGCGUUGAGCACCGAGAGCGAAUGUGCUUUCCCCGGAUCCCCGAGUUCGAAGCCUUACAUCUGCAGACCCAGUGUCAUCCCAUCUUCAUCCCAGAGGCCGGCCGCGCCUGCAAAGGUAUGCGGUGUGAGUCCUCGAGCUUCUCCCACAUCCGUUUCAGGCGCGGCUUCUUUCCCCGGCUCCGGCGGACCGAGCACCCUGAACAGCGCUAGAACUCAGUGGCUUCUGCAGCGCGUAUCGCGGAUUUCGAGGCUUCACGGCCUGCAGAACAUACAGGAUAAAUUGAAAGACUUCCCGCCUGCGCUGCUUGCUGCUGCGAGUGUGUCCUCGAAAACUGUGGGAAGUAAUGUUACUGGUGACUCUGACGAAGGCAAAGAGGAGACAAGCUCCACCCACGACGGCGAAAACAGAACCAGAAGAGCGGGGAAAUCCGAAUCCGGUGACUGUUCCAUCAAUAACUGA